CUGCUUGGACGUAGCCGCCGUGUUGGCGAAUUAUAUCACGUAACAAUGAGUGUGUGGGAGUGGCUUGCGGUGUUCGUUCCUAUAGUGACGUAUCUGGUAUACCGAUGGAGCGUCGCCACCUACGAUUUCUUUGAAAAGCGGAAGAUACCAUUCGUGAAACCUUACCCUCUAUUUGGAGGAUUAUGGCCCGUUUUCACCGGAAAAGUUCACCCAGUGGAUGGUGCCGUUUUGGGGUACGACAUGUUCCCGGAUAAUCGUUUUUCGGGAUUCUUUACGUUUCGCAAACCGGGAUACCUGAUUCAUGAUCCAGCGCUGGUGAAACAGAUUACGAUUAAGGAUUUUGAUCAUUUUACGGAUCAUAUGAAUACGAUUUCGGUUGAUGUGGAUCCCGUUUUUGGACGAGCGUUAUUCUUCAUGGAAGGUCAACGGUGGCGUCACGGUAGAUCCGGACUAAGUCCAGCGUUUACAGGGAGCAAGAUAAGAAAUAUGUUUACACUGUUGUCAAAUAAUGUGGAAGGAGCCAUGGGACGUUUGACGGAAGAUGCUGGUCAAGGAAAGAUGGAGGUGGAGGUACGUGAUCUGUUUCAAAAAUUAGGCAAUGACAUCAUCACGUCCAUUUCGUUUGGUGUGGAGAUCGAUUCGGUGCAUAAUCCAAAUAACGAAUUUUUCAAAAAAGGAAAGAAAUUAGCCGCGACAGGUGGAUUCCAAGGAUUUAAAUUCUUCCUAUCUAUCGUGGUUCCGAAUAGUGUCUUCAAAUUUUUCGGAAUACGAUUCCUUCCUAAAGAAGCAGCUGAUUUUUAUGUUGAUGUCGUAUCAAAAACCAUUAAACAGCGAGAGGAGCACAACAUAGUCCGACCUGAUUUCAUCCAUUUGUUGGUUCAAGCUCGCAAAAAUGAACUAAAAGAAGAAAAAGGAGACGAAAAUCUGAAUAGCGCUGGAUUUACAACGGUAGAAGAGCACAUGAAAGCAUCAACUGAAAACAGUCAAUAUUCUGAUUUGGACAUCACAGCAGUCGCUGCGUCGUUUUUCUUUGGUGGCAUUGAAACCACGACUACUUUGCUCUGCUUUGCCAUCUACGAAGUAGCUUUAAAAAAAGCCAUUCAAUUGAAACUGCAGGCGGAAAUCGACACCGUGCGAGAGGAACUUGGAGGAAAUCCAUUGACCUACGAAGUGCUUCAAAAAAUGAAGUACCUGGACAUGGUCGUAACGGAGACAUUGCGCCGAUGGCCACCCCUAGGAAUCACGAACCGAGUUUGCGUCAAACCUUAUACCUUCGAGGACUAUAAUGGAACCAAGGUCACCAUAGAAAAAGGACAACUAAUCCAGAUUCCCGUUUACUCGUUCCACCGUGAUCCGAAUUUCUUCCCGGAUCCAUACCGCUUCGAUCCGGAACGAUUCUCCGAUGACAACAAGGACCAAAUCAACCCGGACGCGUUCCUACCAUUUGGAAGUGGACCCAGAAAUUGUAUCGGAUCACGGUUGGCUCUGAUGCAGGCCAAGUGCUUGCUGUACUACUUGUUUACAAACUUCUCGGUGGAAUUGUCGGACAAGAUGGACGUUCCGAUUAGGUUGAACAAAAUGUCCCUGACUCUGGAUGCGCUGAAUGGAUUUUGGUUCCGGUUGGUGCCGAAAAAUGUUAAACUGUGAGGCG